AUGGCUGGUCUCGAGCUUGUAGUAGUGGCAGUGCCGGCGGCGGCGGUGGCGCGGCUAGUUUUCGUGCUCAUCUCCGAUAUUACGAAGGCGGCAGAGAAAGCCCGCGAGAAUAAGGAGCCUGCGAAGGUCGCCUACGUGGGCUCAACCUCAACGCAUGCAGCUGCGCACUUCACGUCAGCGGAGAUCGCCGUCUUGACCGGCAACUACGGCCAUGUGCUCAGUGAGGACAGCUCCGGAACGGUGUACAAGGGCCGUCUCCACGACGGCCAGGAGGUGGCCGUCAAGAGCCUGAAGAACCACGGGAGUCAACGAGAGGGUGCGUUCGUGGCGGAGAUCGAGAUCCUCCGAAACCUCCGUCACAACCACAUCGUGCGCCUGGUGGGCUGGUGCACGGAGGAUGACGAACGCAUGUUCGUCUACCAAUACCAGCACACGAGCAACGGCACGCUCAGGGAUCACCUGACGCCGGGCGGAAGCGGCGGCUCCUGCUCUGCGUCGCCGGUGACGUCGUCCUGGAAGGCGCGUCUCCAGGCGCUGCUGGGCGCGGCCGGUGCCAUCGACCACCUGCACCGCUUCGCCGUGCCGGGGAUCAUCCACCGAAACGUCAGCUCCUCGAGCAUCCUUCUCGACAAGAGCUGUGUGCCUUGCCUGUCGGACUUCGGCGCGGCGAUUUUGCAAGUGCCGACGACGGGCGGCCAGCACGUCGGGGACGUAGUCGGCAAAGUCGGGUACACAGACCCGGAGUACUGCCGCACGAGGUGCGUGAGUCCGGCGAGCGACGUGUACAGCUUCGGCGUGGUGAUACUCGAGGUGUUGACUGGCAGGCCGCCUAGCUGGGAGGGGAAGGACCCCAACACCUUGGUUGGCUUUGCCGUCCCGGCCAUCGAGAGUAGGAACCUGCGCUCUGUGCUGGACAGGCGCCCGUCGCCGGAGCCGACGCCGAGACAGAUGGAGGCGCUGGAGCUCGUCGCGUACACGGCAACACGCUGUCUGUGGCAGCAGGAUCGACCCUUCAUGGCAAACGUGGUGAUCAACCUCCAUACGGCGCUCGGGUUCAUAGACGGCGAUAAGCCUAAGGAACUCCAAUGGAGCUAG